AUGGCAGAUGCUUUCUUUACCUGUCGAAAGAAUGUGCUUCUGGCGAAGAGCACGUCCACCCAGAUAGAAGACGUCUUUGCUGCCCCCAGAGGAGGAUCAGUCCCAGAAGAGCAAGAAGCCCUUCUCCAGCAGUGGUUGGAGGAAGGAGCUGGGAAUUUGCCAACCAGUGAGAGUGCUCCAGCAGUGGGGAAAGUAUCAGUUACACUCACUAAUGACUGGUUAGAAGGUACAGAGCUAUUGAUGACUAGCCUCAGUGACCUGAAUUCGGCUCCAGAAGUCACCCAGCAUUCUGGUCAGCAGCUCACAGAGCUGCACGCCUUGGUUUCUUCAGAACCACAAGAUCAUGCAGUGACUGAACCGUCAAAAUUACCAGCAGAGGAGUCAGUGCCUGUAGCAGGUGGUGACCCUUGGGCAGCUGUGGUGCCACAGACGGAUCAUCAGAUAGCUGGCUGUGCUGCUGUCCAUGUAGAAGUGCAGAAUGAAGACCCAGCUGUGCUGGCCUGGAGUUUAGCGUGUGAUGCAGAGACAGUUCCAACAGAGCCCCCAGCCUGGCCUGUUCAGGCUGCGGUACAAUUUUGUCCUCUCCCGACAGAGGUACCCUACCAUGAACUUUUAUGGAGAGAAUGGGAGGAUCUUUCUGUCCAGCCCUGUGUGCUAGAGCAGGUCUCGGAAAACACUCCUCUCUUUGAAUUUCGAGUCAUGUCUUACAACAUCCUUGCCCAGGACCUGGUGGAGCAGGGCCUUGAUCUCUACCUACACUGUCAUCCAGACAUCCUGAACUGGAACUACCGUCUUCCAAAUAUUUUGCAGGAGAUCCAGCACUGGGAUCCUGAUGUUCUGUGUCUCCAGGAGGUGCAAGAGAACCAUUACUGGGAGCAGCUGGAACCCAUGUUCAAGGAGAUGGGCUUCGCAUGCUUCUAUAAGCGGAGAACUGGGACAAAGACAGAUGGCUGUGCAGUGUGCUAUAAGCACAGCAGGUUCCAGCUCAUCAGCUUCAGCCCCAUAGAAUACUUCCGGCCCAGCGUGGAUGUCCUCAAUCGGGAUAAUGUGGGCUUGGUGCUGCUGCUACAGCCUCUGCUCCCGGAGGGCCUAGACCUGAAGGCAAUCAGUCCUUUGUGUGUGGCCAACACUCAUAUCUUGUUCAAUCCUCGGCGGGGAGAUAUCAAACUGGCCCAGAUGGCCUUGCUCCUAGCAGAGAUAGACAAGAUUGCAAAAACUGCUGAAGGCAGCUACUAUCCUGUCAUCUUGUGUGGAGACUUGAACUCUGUACCUGAUUCUCCACUCUACAAAUUCAUCCGCAACGGUGAACUUUCCUACCGUGGGAUGCCAGCCUGGAAGGUGUCUGGUCAGGAAGACUUUUCCCAGCAGUUGUAUUCACGGAAGCUGCUGGCCCCACUGUGGCCGAGCUCACUAGGUGUGACGGACAACUGCCAGUAUGUUACCCUGUGCCAGCCAAAGAAACCAGGCAGGCGUAAGUACAGCCGGGACUUCCUGCUCCAGUUUCAUUUUUGUGAUGUUGCCUGUGAACGACCACCACAGCUGGUCCUCUUGGAAGGUGUGACAGAUGCUAAGCCAG